AUGCGCGGCGUCGCAAGCGCCGAGGAUGCCGACUUCGAUGCCCGCGUGGCGGCCAUGAAGACCUGGAUGGGCGCCGAGCGCUUCAAGUACACCACUCGCCCCUACAAGGUGGAGGACGUGGUGAAGCUCCAGGGCACCAUGCCCAUGUACUUCAACGGCGCCAAGAUCUCUGACAAGCUUUACAAGAUGCUCAGGGAUCACCAGGCCAAGGGAACCUGCUCCCACACUUUCGGCGCCCUGGACACCGUGCAGGUCACCCAGAUGGCCAAGUACCUCACGUCGGUUUAUGUCAGCGGCUGGCAGUGCUCCUCCACGGCCUCCACUUCCAACGAGCCGGGUCCGGACGUGGCAGACUACCCUUACGACACCGUGCCCAACAAGGUGGACCAGCUCUUCCGUGCCCAGCUUUUCCAUGACCGCAAGCAGUACGAGGAGCGCCGACGCAUGUCGCCUGAUGAUCGCGCAAAGCCGACUGUUGUGGACUACAUGAACCCCAUCAUCGCCGAUGCAGACACCGGCCAUGGUGGCAUCACCGCAACGAUGAAGCUGGCAAAGAUGUUCAUCGAGAAUGGUGCCGCCGGAAUUCACAUCGAGGACCAGAAGCCCGGCACCAAGAAGUGCGGCCACAUGGGCGGAAAGGUCCUCGUCUCCACCCAGGAGCACAUCCAGCGCCUCAUCGCGAUCCGCCUGCAGGCCGACGUGCUGAACUCGCCCUUGGUCAUCGUGGCGCGCACCGAUGCCGAGGCGGCCACAAUGAUCGACUCAAACAUUGCAGCUCUGAGCAGUUUGGUAAGGCGCGUUUCCGAGGUCUCUGUGGACAUUGACGAGUCCGAUUAU